CCCUCCCACUUAGCGUUUACAGGUAACGGUGUCACUCACCUGGAUCACCUUUACCUGCGGACACACGGCGCGUUUACCUCGGGAUAUACUUAUUUAUGUUAUGUUAAGAAAUUUAGAGCUGAUGAGUGAUUAAAAACGAAAAGUAUAUCUGUGUAUUUAUAUAGAUAGUUUUUAUUUUUUGGGGACUGAUAUGAUGGAGGAGCCGGUUCUGGGCGGUUUGGGCCGGUGCUCGUGCGCGUUCUGGCUGGCGGUGGCGUUUGACGCGUGCGGCCUCGUGGUUCUCCUCGCGGGCGUCUUCGCCGACAUCUUCUUCUACGACUUCCUCAUCUACGCGGGCGCCAUCGUCAUCUUCCUCAGCCUGAUCUGGUGGGUUUUCUGGUACACGGGCAACAUCGAGGUGCCUCCGGAGGAGCUCGAGGACGACGUGGGUCUGCUGAAGAAGAAAGAUAAAGGCAUCACCGGGGUCCUGAGGAGGUUUUCCAGCCGAAUCAGGGGCUCGGUGAGGAGAAACGGAACCGCCAUGUCGGGUCAGGGUCAGGCUUCACGGAGCCAACAUGGCGGCCGGGGGACUGUAGCAGUCAACCUGCCUAUGACUCCACCAUCACAACAACUGAGCACUAUUUCAGCCGCUGUGGCUACAGAAACUUCACCCAUUUAAUCACAGCGACCCGAAGAGGAAGAAGAGCCUCGGGGUGGAGAUGAAGUUGCUGAACUGCUGCACAUUUCUUGUUUUCUAUUUUUUGUGCUGUUAAUUUGUUUACAGAUGAUUUAUAGAGUUGUAUUAGUGAUGAUGAUGAUGAUGUGAUUGUUGCCUUAACGUCUGGUCACUGCCGUUUCCCGCACUGUUCAUCAGGUCUCUGUGUAUCUGGGGCAUUAUUCGAACCUGGCGUCCUCAUGCCCGCUGUACGUGUGGUGUGAAGCAGCUUGAGGAAUAAAGAGGUGUGUUUUUGUA